UCCCAAGAUGGCGUCGUGGCUGCCGGAGACUCUGUUCGAAAUUGUAGGACAAGGCCCAGCGCCGAGCAAAGACUAUUACCAGUUAUUGGUCACCCGAACCCAGGUCAUCUUUAGAUGGUGGAAGGUUUCUCUGAGGAGUGAGUAUCGAUCAUCAGAACCUGGAGAAACAAAAGAAUCUCAUGAAGACUUCUUAGAGAAUUCACCUCUUCAGGUUCAAAUUGCCUUAAUAUUUGGUGGAAAAACGUUGGACUAUGUCUUCAAUUUGUGCGAAGGUAAAUUUGACUUCCUGGAGCGGCUCUCAGACAAUUUGCUCCUGAAUAUAAUUUCUUAUCUGGAUCUUGAAGAUAUUGCCAACCUUUCGCAAACAUCACACAGAUUUUUAAAGCUGUGCAAGUCUGACGAGCUGUGGAAGCUGAUAGUUCAAUCCGCCUGUGACAACAUCACUCCUGACAUGAGGGCCCUGGCCGAGGAGAUCGGCUGGAGAAAGGUGUUCUUCACCAACAAGCUGCAGCUCCGGCUACAGAUCCGCAGGAGGAGACAAAGACAAGAGAGACAGGACAGCAGUCAGUAUUAGGGAGACGUCGUUUUCCUGCGGGGGCAUUGAGGCACGGUUGUGUUUUUCUGCCGUGUCCAAAUCUUUUCUGUCCCAUCAAGGACUAAGAGGUGUUGCUGGUUUAAGGAACCAUCUGAAAAGCACAGAGUAUGUGCGCACAGGUGCAGCAAAGCCAGCUUUGCAGGGCCUUGCCUGAGCCCAGUGGCGGAUUGGUCGAAUCACACCCCCACUCCCCUUGGACUGCAGGGCAGGAAGCCCCACCCUUGAUGUCUUCCCCACCGCCCCCUCCACAGGCACAGGAAAAGAGGCUUCUGCUGUAUAGAAGCAAACAAUAAAUGACUAUCAGUAGGCUUCUAUUACAUACCUAUUCUAUCUAGGUGUUGGAAAAGGGAACCGAGCUUUUGAAUUCUUUUCCUGG